UCGUAAAAUGCUAUGACCUUGCGUAAGACACAAUUUACGGUAUCCCCUUACAAAAUCGAAAAUGGCGGCGUUACUCGGUAAUGCACUGAAAGCUGGCCGGUUUGCCAGAGCGGGGGUGCGUCUGUUCUGCACCAACAAUGCUGCCACUCCCAAGAUCACCACACAUUGGUCAGUCAUGCCGAGAGACAAGGACACCAGAUGGACGGAUGUUGAUAUGGAGAGAGUAUCAGAUGAGGUGGAUGUGUGUAUUGUUGGGGCAGGGCCAGCCGGACUGUCAGCCGCCAUCAGACUGAAGCAGUUGGCCCAGCAACAGGAGAAGGAACUGAGGGUGUUGGUACUGGAGAAGGCUGUGGAAGUGGGUCUGCACACAUUAUCAGGAGCCUGUCUGGAACCACAUGCGCUAGAUGAGCUCAUACCAGACUGGAAGGACAGAGGAGCACCCCUACAUACGCCCGUCACAGAGGACAAGUUCUUGUUUCUGACUGAGAAGCGUAGCAUUCCUGUUCCCAUCUUACCAGGGCUUCCGAUGCACAACACUGGGAACUAUGUGGUGCGGCUGGGGAACUUUGUACGGUGGAUGGGUGAACAGGCAGAGGAGCUGGAGGUGGAAAUCUACCCAGGAUGCCCUGUUACAGAGGUAUUAUACCAUGAAGAUGGCAGUGUGAAGGGUGUGGCAACAAGCGAUGUGGGCAUUGGAAAGGAUGGUGCACCCAAGGAUUCAUUUGAACGUGGUAUGGAGUUCCACUCCAAGGUGGUGAUCUUUGCCGAGGGUUGCCAUGGACACCUCGCCAAACAACUCUACAAGAAGAUGGACCUGAGGAAGAACUGUGAACCUCAGACAUAUGCCAUUGGGCUGAAGGAGUUAUGGGAGAUUGACCCAGCUCAGCACAAGCCAGGAAGAGUGGAGCACACUGUGGGGUGGCCGCUGGACAGAAUGACAUACGGUGGAUCUUUCAUAUACCAUCUUGGAGAGGGAGAACCUCUGGUCUCUGUUGGAUAUGUGCUUGGUCUGGACUACACCAACCCUUACAUCAGUCCAUUUAAAGAGUUCCAGAGAUGGAAGCACCACCCUGCAAUCAAGCCUACUUUUGAGGGGGGCAAGAGGAUAGCAUAUGGGGCCAGGGCCCUCAACGAGGGAGGGUACCAGUCCAUUCCCCAGUUGGCUUUCCCAGGGGGCUGUCUGAUUGGCUGCAGCCCAGGGUUCAUGAACGUGCCUAAAAUCAAAGGAACGCACAACGCCAUGAAGUCAGGCAUGAUCUGUGCCGAGGCUAUCUUUGAUAAACUUACAGAUGAGAAUCUUCAGUCAGAAACUCAGGGAGUGUUUGUGGAUGACUAUGAGCAGAGAAUGAAGGACAGCUGGGUGUGGAAGGAAAUCAAAAGUGUUCGAAAUGUCAGACCAUCAUUCCACUCCCCCCUGGGACUAUAUGGUACGCUCCUCUACACUGGAGUCUUCUACUACCUGCUCAGGGGGAAGGAACCAUGGACAUUCUCCCACGGAGGUGCAGACUACAAAAGGUUAAAGCCUGCGUCAGAGUGCACGCCCAUCGAGUACCCCAAACCCGACAAUAAGAUCAGUUUCGACCUGCUGUCAUCGGUAGCCCUGAGCGGCACCAACCACGAGGGUGACCAACCAGCGCACUUGACCCUCAUGGACGACACAGUUCCUGUCAAUCAGAACCUGGGCGUAUACGACGGGCCUGAGCAGAGGUUCUGUCCUGCUGGUGUAUAUGAAUAUGUUCCCACGGAGGACGGCGAGGCGAUGAGACUACAGAUCAACGCUCAGAACUGCGUGCACUGCAAGACAUGCGACAUCAAGGACCCCAGUCAGAACAUCAACUGGGUCACCCCCGAGGCAGGGGGAGGUCCAGCGUACAACGGGAUGUAGUCACAUCAACAGCCUUAGACACUAGCAAUAGAGUAGAGUAAGUCGUAUGGAAAAUACACCGUUGAUGAGCAAGUACAUACCGGUAGAUGGUAAUUUUGUGACAUCUCUAGAUUUUGUUUUAUCCGAUAAUGUGUAAGAAAAAUGUUCUUCUCUUUAAGGUGACUGUUGUAAAAAUAACUUAACAUUGUUGAGAUUGACGUUUUUGCUUUCCUCACAAGACCAAGAUAGUCCAAAAGGUGGCGAGGUUAUUUUGUAUCUGUCAGGGUGUACAUGUAUGUAGUUAUUAUAACAUAUCCUGUUGAUUUGAAGAUUACAGUGUAGUGGUUGUAUGUGGUUCCAUGCCAAAGAAUUUUGGGUAAAACAAAAGUGUCCUUCUUCUGUGGGAAAAAGUACAUUAGUUACCUUACAAUGCUAAACUGAAAGCUUGCUUAUUCAUGAUUCCUUUUUCCUUGUCACCAAAGUCAUUGCUGCUUUUAUGUCUAACCAAGUCACUGCUGCUUAUAUAUUUAACUGUCAAAUCUUAAAAUGUUGUAUCUGUUUCUUAAACAUGUAGCUGGCAUAACUGCCCUUUGGUGUAACACAACAGCUUCUUGUAACAAACCAGCUUCAUGUAACACUGUACUUAGCUUUUGUAGAUAGCAAAGUUGCCUCAUUGACCAUUGAUUUCUUAUCAAAAUGCAUCCAUUUAGCCAUUUCAACAUUAGAUGCAAGAUAAAGCAGCCUACAGAGUUAAGCUUGCUUAAGCUUGCGUGCCCCUAAAUAGGCUAGCAUGUCUUCAUUUAACUCAGGGUUUUACAUGGUGUGUGUGUUUGAAUGUUCAAACCUGACAUUACUACACUAUCAGAUCAGUGUGAAGAAAAAUGUCAUUAACAUUGUUGUAUGCUCUACCAAUUCCACUAUUGGAUACAAUGUUGCCAAAUAACGAUCCAAUAAUAAUAAUAGAGACAAAAAAGAAGACCUACACCUCUGUACAAGUUUAUUUUGUUCAUUGCCACCUUUAGAAGUACAGUAUGUUCUAUGUACAUAUUGUUUUUCCCAAAUAAAAUACUAUGUUCUAUGGCAUAGAUUACUUUCCA